AUGUCAUGGCACCCCCAGUACCGGAGCUCCAAGUUCCGCCACGUCUUUGGCAAACCCGCCAGCAAGGAGAACUGCUACGACUCAGUGCCCAUCACCCGCAGCGUCCAUGACAACCACUUCUGUGCUGUGAACCCCCACUUCAUUGCAGUCGUGACGGAGUGUGCUGGGGGGGGUGCCUUCCUCGUCAUCCCUCUGCACCAGACGGGAAAGCUGGACCCUCACUACCCCAAGGUCUGCGGACACAGAGGGAACGUCUUAGACAUCAAGUGGAACCCUUUUGAUGAUUUUGAGAUUGCCUCCUGUUCCGAAGAUGCCACGAUUAAGAUCUGGGACAUCCCGAAGCAGCUGCUGUCCAGGAACCUCACAGCCUUCAGCAAGGAGCUGGUGGGCCACUCCCGCAGAGUGGGCCUGGUGGAGUGGCACCCCACCGCCGCCGACAUCCUCUUCAGCUCUGGCUAUGACUACAAGGUGAUGGUCUGGAACCUGGACACAAAGGAGGCGGUAAUCAUGAGCCCCGUGAGGACAAUUGACUGUCACCAAGAUGUGAUCCUCUCCAUGUCCUUCAACACCAAUGGCAGCCUGCUGGCCACCGCCUGCAAAGACCGCAAGAUUCGAAUCCUCGACCCCCGAAUGGGGUCGGUCCUCAAGGAAGCCAGCUACAAAGGGCACCGGGCCAACAAGGUGCUGUUUCUGGGGAACCUGAGGAAGCUGCUGUCCACAGGCACAUCCCGAUGGAACAACCGGCAGAUGGCCCUGUGGGACCAGGAUGACCUCUCUGUGCCUCUCACAGAGGAGGACCUGGAUGGCUCUUCAGGGGUGCUGUUCCCCUUCUAUGAUGUGGACACCAACAUGCUCUACGUGGUGGGGAAGGGCGAUGGCAACAUUCGCUACUACGAGGUGAGCUCGGACAAGCCUCACUUGAACUACCUGACCGAAUACCGCUCCUAUUACCCGCAGAAGGGGAUCGGUGUCAUGCCAAAGAGAGGCCUUGACGUGUGCUCCUGUGAGAUCUUCCGCUUCUACAAGCUGGUCACAACCAAAAGCCUCAUCGAACCCAUAUCCAUGAUUGUGCCCCGGCGGUCAGAAUCCUACCAAGAGGACAUCUACCCCCCCACAGCAGGGGCCCAGCCCUCUCUCACGGCCCAGGAGUGGCUCAGCGGCAUGAACCGAGGGCCACUCCUGGUGUCUCUCAGGCCAGGCUCUGAGUUGCUGAACUCCCGGCCACAGCCCCCAGACAGGUCCUUCUCCAACUCCAUGGCCCCAGCCUCACCCCAGCCCCCGGACCGGAUGGAAAAGUUGGCUCCAGAGGGUGGCCAUAGGCCCUUCUCCUUAUCGGAGGAGAAGACGCCACGGUGGGCAGCAGGACACAGGCUGGAAGAGAAGCAGGCCUGGCUCACGAAUGGCUUCGACAUUUUCGAAUGUCCCCCACCAAAGACAGAGAACGAGCUGCUGCAGAUGUUCUACCGGCAACAGGAAGAGAUCCGAAGGCUCCGGGAGCUGGUGACCCAGCGUGAGGUGCAGGCCAAACAGUUGGAACUGGAGAUCAAAAACUUGCAGACAGGCUCAGGGAGGUUCUGA